AAAAACGAAACUCAGUGUAAUUAUUAAGGCAUAUGUACACUAGUAUAUUGUGAUAUAUGCGUAGUAGAGUACAUGCGUAUGUGGGUAGUGAAUUGCGUAUAGAUGCGCUCUAGCUGAUUGAAAUUCGUAAAAGUUUAAAACUAUAAAUUUUUACUAAGUAAACGAACAUUUGAUUUACCUCUGUACGAACAUGGCAGAUACUGCAAGUACAGGCACAGGUACGGGUACAGGUACAGGUGAUAGUUCUCCACAAAUAGAAAAAGGUUGGCUGGCUUUGAAGCUACACAUUAUUGACAAUAAGAUUAAAGUUGCGUUAUGGAUUACAAGACUUUUUACUAUUAUAUUUACUAUUGGUUACAUCAUUCCUAUAUUUGGCAAUCCAUAUAACAUUUAUUACAAAGCCUUAAUGAGUAGUGCGGCGACAAGUGCAUUGCGGCUUCACCAAAGAGUGCCACGUGUUCAAGUUAAUAGACAAUUUUUAGAAAGUUUAUUUUUUGAAGAUUCCUUUCAUUAUUUAUUUUAUUCCUUGAUAUUCUUGUAUGCAGCUCCUGUUACAUUGGUGUUAACUCCCAUAUGUUUAUUUGCACUGAUACAUUUUACAGAUUAUUCGCAGACGUUGCUUAACUGUAUAGGACAGUAUAAUUGGUGGGCAGCGCGGUUCGUCAUAUUUUUACUCGAUUUCCAGUCGCAUAACAUUUUGCGUCUGUGUGCAUUAUCGGAAAUAAUUAUAUUGCCAUUUACAGUUCUCCUAGUAUUUACAGGCCGUGCUGGUUUACUGACACCUAUUAUCUACUAUCAGUUCUUAAAGUCGCGUCUCGAAUCGCAAAGAAAUCCAUAUACCCGUAAAGUAUUUCACGAACUUAGAAAUAAGCUGAGUUCAUUCUCAAGAAGACAAUCUUUGCCAGAAAUAGUGCGGCGGAUGAUCCAGGGUCUACUUUUACUCACACAACAGAUGGUUCCAGUUCAUCAGUAAUUUUUAAUUUUCAAUAAAACAGUUUUGAAGUUAGAUAUCAUGGGGUUUUAGGGUUCAUGAAAUAAUUAUUUCAUACAGUAUAAUUGAAUGAUAAAACAAGUGCAAAUAUCAAAAGCAACAAGCCUAUGAAUUAUCAUUUGAAGUGUAUGAAAAACAAUCAAAGUAUAACAUUUUGAAAUUACGAUUAAUGUCUACUUAUUUCUAAAUGUUAUAAUAGCGAUAUCUUUACAAACAUUUCAUACAAAUAAUUACUAGAUCGGAUUUAGAAUUUAUUUACCAAAACUCAAAAAUAGUUGUACGAUCAGAUCGUGUAAUCGAAUUUUUAAUAUUUUAUAAUGCAUACUAUCGAUAACGCAACAAGAGUUUAAUUACAUAAUUCUAAAUUUCCACGAAUGAGCGCAUAACAAUCUCACUAUAGCGAAUAUCAUUAGUCUGUUCUACUAUUUUGCAUGUAUAUGUUUUUAAUUAUUGUAACAUUCCUGCACACUUAUAAACAAGUGAUUGUCUCCAAGGUAAACUCGCAUUAUAUAUUGUUUAAUGUAUAUUGUUCCACAUUAUUCUGUUUUCGAUACAUUUAAAAAACAUUUGAUUUAGGUAUAUUCACUUCACUUCUCCCAAGAAAUAUUCAAAGCGCGCUAAGUAUAGUUAAUAUAUAAUAUUAGACAUCUUUUUAUUUGUUGUAGAUAUGGGUCAUUUUGUGAAUUUCAUAAUAAAACAGUAUUUAGUUAAUAAUUUUUGGCUCACUUUGCAAUAUCAAUAUUAAUUGUUGUUACAAGCUGUUUUAGGCUGAUUGUUCUAUUGCCAUUGAAUUUUAUUUAAAAGAUGGUACGAAAUAAUUAGUACGAUUAAGCGUGAUC